UGUCAAAGGUGCCGUCCGGUUUGGAGUCGGCGGAAUAAAGCGCUCGGGUGUUUCUCCUCGCUGCCUGGGGAAAGUUUACACCUGUGCAGCCGAGGUCUCUCUGCCUCCGAUUGCAGCCGGAGUCCAGCUUUUCGGCUCGAGUAAGCUGCGCCUUGAAGUGCCCCGUGCACCUGACGGAGGCUCCCCGUGCUUUUAUCCCGCUCGCGGGACAGCCGGUUGCACCCCCAGCAUCGCACGCCAGCCAGGGAGCCUUGAUGCUGGGGGAGCACCUGGCCGCGAAGGGUGGGCAACGUCCCAUCCAGUCCUGUGGCUCUGGGCCUGGCACCACACCGGUGGGCAGGAUGAGGAGGCCAGGUCCUGGUUUUGAGCGCUGGCUGGCGUCUGUGGAGCUGGCCCACUCCAUCGCACUGAGCCUGUGCUCACUCAGGGGGGGUGAUGCAGCUGUUGCUGGGACUGCUGCUCCCGUAGUUUGCUUUCUGCAUGCUGAAAGAUGACCUAUGCACGCGCAAGGAGGACUCUGCUCUCCAGCAAUCUCGGAAGCAACAAAAAUCUUUAUAUGGCUCAUGUCUGACAACAUGCACCACCAGUGGCUGCUGCUAGCUGCAUGCUUUUGGGUGAUAUUCAUGUUCAUGGUUGCUAGCAAGUUUAUCACAUUGACUUUUAAAGACCCAGAUGACUAUGGUGCCAAGCAAGAGCCAUUAAUACUGACAGCUGUAACAAAAGUGGAGGAGGGACAUAUGCCAGAGGAGAAACAUUGGCUUGAAAAAUUCCAGCCAACUGGAAAAGCUUUCUCUGGAAAUCUGAUACGCCAGCCCCUGGUUCAUAUGGAAAGACUUGAGCUUCUCAAGAAUGUCUGCAGAGACACUGCAUUGAGAAAUCUCUCUCACACUGCAGUUUCCAAGUUCGUCCUGGAUCGAAUAUUUGUGUGUGACAAGCACAAGAUCCUGUUCUGUCAGACACCGAAAGUGGGCAACACUCAGUGGAAAAAAGUCUUGAUCGUUUUAAAUGGAGCAUUUUCUUCCAUAGAAGAGAUCCCAGAAAAUAUUGUGCACGACCAUGAGAAGAAUGGCCUUCCACGUUUGUCCUCCUUCACUGAUGCUGAAAUUAAGAAACGACUGAAUUUAUACUUCAAGUUUUUUAUUGUUAGAGAUCCAUUUGAAAGACUUAUUUCUGCAUUUAAAGACAAGUUUGUGCACAAUCCUCGGUUUGAACCUUGGUACCGGCAUGAAAUUGCUCCUGGCAUCAUUCGUAAAUAUAGAAAGAAUCGCACAGAGACUAGAGGGCUGCAGUUCGAGGAUUUUGUGCGCUAUCUGGGUGACCCAAAUCAUCGAUGGCUGGAUGUUCAGUUUGGUGAUCACAUCAUUCAUUGGGUAACAUAUGUGGAACUGUGUGCCCCCUGUGAAAUCACAUAUAGUGUGAUUGGACACCAUGAAACCCUGGAGGAUGAUGCUCCAUAUAUCUUGAAAGCAGCCGGCAUAGACCAUCUGGUAUCAUACCCCACGAUUCCACCAGGGAUAACAGUGUACAACAAAACAAAAGUAGAGCGGUAUUUUUCGGGAAUUAGCAAGAGAGACAUAAGACGCCUCUACGCUCGGUUUGAAGGCGAUUUUAAACUCUUUGGCUAUCGGGAGCCAGAUUUCUUGUUAAACUGACACCUAGAAUAAGCUCUGGAGAAGUGUCGGGUGGAUUAACCUAAACCCCCAUGAAUACCAGCUGCGACACUGACAGAGCUAAGAAUGACCUUUUGUUUUCUAGCUUUUUGAUGUUGCUCCAUUUUUCAGUGAAAUAUUUGUCAUAUGAACAAUUAGGGGCUUAUAGUUGUUGUUUACUGACCGUAUUUUCAACAUGUGGCAUUGAAAUCUGUUAGGAGUGAAAUCUCUAUUAUCUAAAAUACAGAAUUCCACUUAUUCCCUCUUCCCUCCAGGGAAAAAAGAAAGGGGGGAGGGGAGAACCAAUGGGCUACGACCUUCCUGGUCUCUCUCCCAGCUAGAAUACCGUUUAAAAAAACAGAGUGAAGCAUUUGUAAAAGAUGGCAGUUUCACUGUAGGUUAACUCUGACAUGUGGGUGAAAUUACAAUUCAUGCUCAUGAGAAAGGCAUGUAGAGUCUCCCACGAGCCAUGAAAACUAGAGGCCAGCACAGGACUAAAAUUUGAUUAAAUACUUGGCAAGUAAAAUCAUCCAGGUUCUGUCAUGUGGCUGAUACAAUAACAGUAAUGCUGAUCUAAUCCCAUUUUUUGUUUUUCACAGAACGAAUCUAAUUAGACAGAACUGUCCAAAAAGGGGGGGAGGGGGCUGGUUCCAAGCCCAUUUGUCUUUGUAUUCUUGUCAAAUGUUUACUGUACUUACUUCUGGCCUGCUUUUUAAAAUAUUAUUUAACUCCUGGCUAUGUAAGUUAUCUGAGAACUUCAGAGACAAAUGGAGCACAGAGAAAUAUAAAGCUUUUGGGGAAACUUUAAGGAAAUUUAAUUUAAAAAGAAAAUAUGAGUAGUAAUUUGAGAAGCACAUCACAAGAUGCUCUCUAAAUAUCAAACAUUUUAACUUGUUUUAUCUUCUAACAGUUAAGGUUAAAUAAGCCACAAAAGCAGGAUGUCAUGUAAAAUAGUUGCUGGAGUUAAUUUGGGUUAAUGCUUCACCUUUUUCUUAUAUCAUGCCAUGCUCAAUGUUUAGUACCUUAAAGAAGACAGAAAUUGCCCCCCUCUGAAAAUGCAUCUCUCUACUGCUGAAGAAGGCAGGAUAAAUCUUUGAUUUUUCCAGUGUUUUGCUGCUAUGAUGUCUUAAGUCAAAAAUGCCCAACAUCUGUGUUACCAAUGGGUGAAUUGGCAACUUGCCAGGAGUUUGAAUGUCACUUAAAUUUAUGUGUAUACUUUGUGCAUUAAAAAAAAAAAAAAAAAAAAAGCAAGCAGAACUGAAUGGGUGCAACCAUAACAUUUGCUUGUGUUUGCAUUCUUCCUGUCUGAUUAAAAAAAAAAAAAGUCUCUUGUCUGAGUUCACCAGCAAUAAAGAUUAAUGCGCUGUCCUGCAGUUCAUAGGAAAGAGAGGCUGUGUAUCUGAGUUAGAGGAAUUGGUCCAUCACAGUGAGGCAUUUGAGCUGUAUUUUUGAAAUCAUAGUCCUAAAGGAUUAAUUUUCAGACCAGUAACAUUGCUGACGAGAAAUGCUAAUAACGGUCAGUGCUAUGGAGCCUGCUCUUAAAUCCAGCUACAGUAUGUUUUUGAUAGCUUCCUGUAUCAACAUAAGGAAGCAUCUUGCAGUCGAGAAAAAGGAAAGCUGUGCCAAACUGACAUGUGCUGCUCUCUGCAAAAAAGAAGCCCUGUUGUAGUUGGAUGUAAUUUCAGAAAGAUCUCAACAGUCUGAUUGAAACAAGGGAGAAUCAUUAACUGGGCAUUGUUAGCAAGAGAAUACUCCAAGGUGGCAACGCUGGAAGAGUUGUUUGGGGAUUUGUUUGUUUGUUUAAAAGAAAAAACUGAGAAGUUACAGUACCCUAGACUUGUUAGUUCUUAACUUAUGAGAAAAAGAUGUUAACAGCUCCAGGUUUGUGUGUGUUCUGUUUUUCUUUUUGUUUGGUUUCUUUGUUUUUGUUUUUAAUACGGGAACCUAGCAAAAUGUAUUAUUAAAUGCGUUUUGGAGCUAAUGAGCUGAUCGAUUACCUCUCUGCCGAUUUCAAAUGUAACAGUGUGAAUAAUGUAUAGUGAAUUCAGGCCUUAAUCUUUAAAUCUAAUAAAAUAGAAUCAUUUUUCUCUGAAAACAUAAGCUACUGAUCACAUAGCACACAAA